AUGGAGGAUUGCAAGCCUAUAACGACUCCUAUUAAUCAAAAGGACAAGUUUUGCAAAGAGGAUGGAGCUGAAAAGAUUGAUGAAAGACUUUACAGGAGCUUGAUAGGUUGCCUGGUGUACUUGACCGCAACGAGGCCAAAUAUUGUUCAUUCUUUUCAUGGAUAUUCUGAUAGCGAUUGGGCGGGCUGCUUAGAUGAUAUGAGAAGCACUUCAGAUUAUUGUUUCAUCUUUGGUUUUGGUGCAUUCUCUUGGUGUUCAAAGAAGCAAGAUGUAGUUGCUCAAUCUACAGCUAAAACAGAGUAUGUUGCAGCUGCAUCAGCUGUGAAUUAUGCUCUUUGGGUUAGGAAACUGCUGGCAGAUUUGUACAUGGAGCAAAAGAAGAGCACUGAAAUCUUUGUUGAUUAUCAAGCUGCAAUUUCUAUUGCAAAUAAUCCCGUGUUCCAUGGGAAGACAAAACAUUUCAAGAUCAAGCUUUAUUUCUUAAGAGAAGUGCAAAAGAAUGGGGAGCUGACUUGGAAGCCAGCAAAGCUGCCACAAAGGAUGGUCACAUGGAUAAGACACGUAGGAGUUUCAGAAGAGUUAUUCCUCCAAAAAGACUUGGAGAUUACGUUUGGAAAGGUGAUGGUCACGCGAAUAAGGACAAAGUUGAUUAGGCAAAAAGAGUAUAAAGCAACAGGAAAAAGGGCAUUAAGGUCACAAUUGGAUUAUCAGCAAUUAGGUCUUCCAUGGAUGACCAAAGACUCAAGUCUCGUUGAAGAAUCUGUUCAGGCAGCAUCGAAUUCGUUCGCUAAGGACAUUGGUGAUAUACGUUCGAUGUUGAUGGAGGUUAUGGGGAGAACGGCUAUGCCCGCUGUUAUAAAAUCAGAUCCAACUAUGGAGGUCACUCCGGCGAUGAUUCACCGCCACAAGCCGGAGAUUGGUCGGUUUUGCAGUGAGAAUCCAGAGGCAUGGAUUUUUCAGGUGGAGCGCUACUUCGUAUUUUACAAAACAUCAGAAUCGGAGCAACUAACCAUUGCAUCCUUUUACCUCGAUGGAGAGGCACUGGAAUGGUACCGGUGGCUUUUUCGAAAUAAACAAUUGGUGGACUGGGACCACUUUGCAGCGAAGGACAGAAUUCGUUUUCGACAAAAAAGAUUGGAAUCGGUAGAGGGACGGCUGGCGAAGCUCCGUCAAACCACCACCGUAUCGGAGUUCCAGAAGCGGUUUGAGACCCUUGCAAAUGAAACAGGCGACAUGACUGAUGCUCGUAUGGUACGUAUUUUUAUUUCUGGGCUUCCUGAGGAUAUUAAGAAUUCUGUAUUGGUCCAUAGGCCCAAAACUUACGAAGAGACCCUUGAUUUGGCCCAUAUCCAUGAGCAUCGAAUCCAAGCUGAAAAGGGACCUGCCCGACCCGCCUUUGCUCGAACAACCUCCAUAUUGCCAACCCCUAACUUGGCUCCCCUAAAUCAAAAUACCUCCACCUCCCUCACCACUAAUGCUACUGCCUCCCAAACAUCAAAUCGUCCUCUUAUUAAGCGGCUAUCUCAUAUAGAGGUCCAGAGCCGUCGUGAGCGUGGGUUGUGUUUCUACUGUGAGGAAAAAUUUGUACCAGGACAUAAGUGUAAGACUCCAUCCCAGCUUCUCUUGCUCACUAAUGAACCUGAUAUUGACCCUAAAUUGUCGGAACCUGUCGCCUCUGAUGAUUUUAUUGCGGAGGAGCUGCAAUGUUUGGAACUACAAGAACCUUCGUCAAUUUCUUAUCAUGCUUUAACUGGAGGUAUUUCGCCAUCGACUCUGAGAUUUACAGGCCAAGUCAAUGGUACUCCGGUUCAGGUCUUGGUGGACGGAGGAAGCACACAUAACUUCAUCCAACCUCGAGCCGCUAAGCACCUCCAGCUUCCUAUUGAGUCGGUUCCAAUUUUCUCAGUUAUGGUGGGUAGUGGACAGCGCCUUCCAAGUAAUGCAGUGGCGAGGCAAACCAAUAUGGUAAUCCAAGGGCAUACACUAGUGGAAGAUUUAUAUAUCUUGCCAUUCCAUGGAUCCGACAUAGUGCUGGGAGUGGCAUGGAUGGCCACCUUGGGGCCGGUAAUUACAAAUUAUGCAACCAGGGAAUUCGGGUUUACAUUGAAUGGGUUGCGAACAACUUGGAAGGGAGAUUGUCCGACGGAUACCCAAGUGAUACAGUUGCAUAGCCUACGAAGAAUGGCCGCCACUGAUGCCAUAUCUUCGUUCUUUAGGCUAGAGAUGGUUACAGAGGAGGUACCUGAUACAAGGGAAGCAGCUGUGGAAUUGGUUGCUCUCUUGAGUAAGUUUGAAGAUGUAUUCCAGAGACCCACAAGCCUUCCUCCCUCGCGUGACCAGGACCAUCAAAUCCAUCUUGCACCCGGGGCUCAACCUGUGAAUGUAAAGCCAUAUAGAUAUCCUCAUUUUCAAAAGCAGGUAAUGGAGCAGCUUGUUGCGGAUAUGCUUCGAGAGGGACUGAUACAACCUAGCACAAGCCCUUUCUCUUCUCCAGUACUGCUGGUACGAAAGAAGGAUGGGACAUGGAGGUUUUGUGUAGACUAUCGGGCCUUGAAUGCCAUUACCGUCCGUGAUCGCUUCCCAAUUCCAACCAUUGACGAAUUAUUUGAUGAACUACAUGGCGCUCAUUAUUUCUCUAAGCUGGAUUUAUUAUCCGGAUACCAUCAAAUAAGAGUCAGACCCGAGGAUGUGGCUAAGACAGCUUUUCGGACCCAUGAUGGACAUUAUGAAUUUUUGGUAAUGCCGUUUGGGCUAACUAAUGCUCCCUCAACGUUCCAAGCCACUAUGAAUGAGGUAUUUAGACCCCACUUGCGUCGUUUUGUGCUGGUAUUCUUUGACGACAUCCUAGUUUAUAAUCCUUCCUGGGUUGCUCACUUGGAACACCUAGCUGUAGUAUUACAUUUAUUGUGCCAGCACCAUCUAGUGGCCAAGCGCUCUAAGUGCUUGUUUGGGCAAACUUCUGUUGAUUAUUUGGGGCACAUUAUCUCAGCCCAAGGAUUGUCUGUUGACCCCGCCAAGAUUCAUGCUAUUCAACAAUGGCCUCCACCCCAUUCAAUCAAGGAAAUUCGUAGCUUUUUGGGGCUAGCGGGCUACUACAGACGUUUCAUUCAUCAUUAUGCUGCAGUAGCUGGACCCUUAUCAGAUUUGUUGCGCAAGGAUUCCUUCCGAUGGGGAGAGAAGGAACAACAAGCCUUUGAUACUCUUAAGGAUAAGUUGGGGUCUACACCUGUUCUAACUUUACCAGAUUUUAGCCAAGAGUUCCAAGUCGAAACUGAUGCAUCGGGGCAAGGAAUUGGUGCUAUUCUUUCCCAACGGGGUCAUCCCAUUGCAUACUUCAGUCAAAAAUUAAGCCCCCGAAUGCAGGCCGCUUCAACUUACCACCGAAAAAUGUUUGCUAUUACUCAAGCAGUGAUAAAUGGAGACAAUAUCUUUUGGGAUGCAAAUUUACCAUCCUUACGGAUCAGCAAUCUUUAA